AACCCCAAACCAACCUUCACGCCGCCGAGAGAAACCAACAGAGAUAGAGAAGCGAGAUGGGGAAGGGUUCUAAGAGUUCAAGGAAAGGUAAAAAAGCAUGGAGAGCUAACAUAAGCACCGAGGACAUAGAAGACUUCUUUGAGAAAACAACCAAAGACGCUCUCUCCGGUGGCAAUCUCUCCACCGCUCCAAGCGAAGAUCUCUUCCGCGUCGAGAAGUCUCACGAUAUUCCGGUGAGACGUAAGAUAGAGAAGAACAGAGAGAAAGUGCUUAGGUGUGACAGUGUUUUAAAGAAGAACCCAUUUGUCGAGGUUGUGUCUUCUUCCAAGCCCAAGUCAAAGAUUAGUAAGAAGAAGAAGGCAAACGUUGUAGAAAGUAAAACAUUUAAAAAAUCCCAAAAGAGUGUUGAUGAUGAUUCUGUAAUGAUGGACUUGUGGGGUGAUGAUAAUAAAGGAGAAGAUGAGAGCAACCCUAGGAAGAUUUGGAAAAUGACAUCUACUAUUCCAGCAGUUGAAGUUGAUCCUGCAGGAUGUUCAUACAACCCUACAGCUGAAAGUCACGAGGAUAUGUUGGCUGAAGCAGUUGCGCAAGAAAUGCAGAAAGUUUACAAAAAUGAGUUAGGACCUGAGCCUGUGCCUUUGACAAUUGAUGGAGACGCAAACAUUGAAGACGAGGCGGGUCUUUUGAGUGUAUGUAAUAGAAUAAUUAAUGGGAAGAGUGCCUAUUUUCUUGGUGUGGACAAUGGUAGCGAAGCUGAAGAUGAAACAGAAAAUGAAGUGUCUGAGGCUGGGAAUAAAACCGCAAGAACGACAAAGAGAGUAACCCGUGUGGUGUUGAACAAGCGAGCUAGACAAAAGGCACUACGAAAGGAGGAGACAAAGGAAAAGCAUAAAGAGAAGUUAUCAAAAGAGAUUGACAGCUUGCCCAAAAUCAUAAAAGAAAUAGCUGAAGAAGAUAAAGAAAAACUGAAUAAAAAGAUAAGACAAACCAUUGCCAAGGAGGAAGUGUUGAAGAUACGUCCUCCUCGUUUGGGAAAGCACAAGUAUGAGGCUCCUCCUGUUCAAGUCCUCUUAACAGAAGAGAUGACCGGUUCACUUCGUAAGCUGAAGGCAUGUUGCACACUUGCAAGAGAUAGAUUCAAGAGCUUGGAGAAGAGAGGGAUACUUGUUCCAUCAAAGAACAUUAGAAGGAACUAGUAACUCUUCUCACUGUCUACGGCUAAAAAAGUUUUUUUGGGAAACAACAGCUGAUACUGUCUUAUCCGACGACUCAUAUAUGUUGUGUUUUUUUUCUUAACAUUAAGUUUGGUUUUAAUCUUUGUUAUCUAUCUUUGGAUGAUUUAUAAACAUGUUCUUUGGUGGUUUCAGUAUAACAAAUCAGUAAUGAAAUAAUUUUCGCG